AUGGCUCGGACGAAGCAGACAGCGAGGAAAUCGACGGGAGGGAAAGCGCCACGUAAGCAGCUGGCGACCAAGGCCGCUAGGAAGUCUGCUCCGGCCACCGGCGGAGUGAAGAAGCCCCACCGUUUCAGACCGGGGACGGUGGCUCUCCGUGAGAUCAGGAAGUACCAGAAGAGCACUGAGCUUCUCAUCCGAAAGCUUCCUUUUCAGAGGCUGGUUAGAGAAAUCGCUCAGGACUUCAAGACUGACCUUCGCUUCCAGAGCAGUGCCGUCGCGGCUCUCCAAGAGGCCGCCGAGGCUUACUUGGUGGGUCUGUUCGAGGACACCAAUCUCUGCGCUAUUCAUGCCAAGAGAGUGACCAUUAUGCCUAAGGAUAUUCAGCUCGCUCGUAGGAUUAGGGGAGAGAGGGCUUAGAUAUCCGUGUCUUUUAAAUUUUUCGUAAUACGAAGGGGAGAGAGGGCUCAAAUCUAUAUAUAUAUAUAUAUAUAUAUAUUUUGGUUCGGAAGGUGUGGUCGAGGUCUUUGAUCUUUACCUUCUGAUUGAUUAGGAACUUUUUAUGUAAUGUGGAAUGUAAAAUCAGCUCCAAAAAUCUAAUACAUUAACUUUUGGUUUGUUUUGGAUUCGUAA